ACAGGGCGGCCCUUCCCAUUGUGUUAGCACGCGUCGCAGGGAGGAGGGCAGCAGGUACAAGCGCCACACUAGUGCGGGCCACGCUAAGCUUUGUACCUAGUGACCUCUGUGUGUGUUUUUGUCGAGCCGCAGUGGUAUUUGCAAGCUACUAGACGACUAGCUCCUCGUUUUGUGCUGAAGGCUGCUGAAGAAGACACUGAAUUUUCUACAAAACCUUCCACUGUCCAGCCAAUUCAUAAUCUAGUCUAGCAAUUCAUCAUGGAAACGGCAACGCGCAGACGGCUUGACGACGCCUUUGAUAUACACGUCGAUGCUGUUGCUACCGAAGAGACCGAGAUGAUGGUGGACGACGAUAACAUUGAGGAUGUCGACCCAGCCGGCAUGGAAGAUACAGAGCAUGACGACGACGACGAAGAAGAGGACGAGGACGACGACAAUGACAGCUCCGACGAUGACCAGGUCGAGCGAAGCGUCCAAGAAGACAUGAACAAGCUGCAGCGAGACUUUCCCGGGUUCCGCGACAAGUAUCGCCUAAUUAAGCGUAUUGGCGAGGGCACAUUUUCCACCGUCUUCAAGGCCGAGGACAUCAACUACGAUCACUACGAUAACAGCUGGGACAUUGAGGACGACUCGGUCAAGUGGAACACGCCACCAGUCAAGGGCGGUGCUGUCGACAGAAAUGUGCAGAGAAGCGAGCGCAAGAGAUCGCGGUUUGUCGCCAUCAAGAAGAUUUACGUUACGUCCAGUCCGGCCCGUAUCCUCAACGAGCUGGAGCUGCUGCACGACCUGCGAGAGUGCCCGUCUGUGUGUCCGCUCAUCACAGCCUUUCGCCAGACGGACCAGGUCGUCGCUAUCCUGCCGUACUUUCGCCAUGGCGACUUUCGCGCGUACUUUCGCGACAUGACCAUCCCGGACAUUGCCAUAUACCUCCGGUCGCUGUUCACGGCGCUCAAGAGUGUGCAUCUACACAAAAUCCUCCACCGCGACAUCAAGCCCACCAACUUUCUCUACGACCCCGCCACGCAGCGUGGCGUACUGGUAGAUUUUGGUCUUGCUGAGCGCGAAGGCUCCGAGAGCAAGCCGUGUCUGUGCCACGAGACACGGGAGAGCAGGAAGCAUCGCCAGAGCAACUCUGUCUGGGCAGCAACAGCCACGACGUCCCAGUCGUCGGGAUACCCCAAGAGCGAUACUAGACCGUCUCGCCGCGCGAACCGUGCCGGCACAAGAGGCUUCCGUGCUCCAGAGGUCCUGUUCAAGUGCACAGAGCAGACGACAUCGAUUGAUAUCUGGUCGGUAGGCGUCAUCUUGCUGACCAUCUUGUCGAAGCGAUUCCCCUUUUUCAACUCAGCAGACGAUGUGGAGGCCAUGAUUGAAAUCGCUACAAUUUUCGGCUCUAAGCGCAUGAAGGCGGCCGGUCUGCUGCACGGCUGCGUUUUCGAGACGAGCAUCCCGACAGUCGGCCAGCAAGGUUUCACCAUGGAGAAGAUUAUCCUUUGGAGCACCUGCCGCGGCGAGGAUAAGCCUUUGACGGAUGAAGAGAAGCUUGCUGUCCGCUUCCUGGAACGCUGCAUGGACUUGGAUCCCAGUAGGCGUAUCACGGCUGUCGAGGCCCUAGACCACGACUUUUUAAAGAUUGACUUGCCUCCCGAUCUCGAGGCAGGCGAUGAUGACGAGAUGGACAUGUUGGAAGUAUAAUGACAUUAUAUUGCAUUGCAUUGCGUUUUGUUGCACGAUGCCGGAGAAUGGAGGGCAAACAGCUUUUUGUUUCAUUUUACGGAGAUAUUACUCGCAUUGUAUUGGAGUCUUUGACGGUUGCAAUGGAUACAUGUGUAUGAUGAUCAUGGAUGGUGUUUAACUGUUUUGUCUUUUUUGAAUUAUCUUGGGAGAGGUUGUCUGGGGAUAAGAGGUGUUUGAAUGGUUAGCAUAGAUACCACAAUUGCAUGAUGCAAGUUUUCCGUUCCAAACCAAUGCCUGCUCUUUAAAGACGAGGAGAAUGAUGAGCAACUCUUUUUGUGACGUAUUAGACGAGCGACGCAACAGACAACAAUUCACAGUCACCAAUGACGACAGGACGGACAAGUAUGGGUGAUAAUUUCGAUUUUAUUCGUUAAACUCCGUUCCAGAGUCCCAGAUGCAAUGCUCGAAGCCGACCAACCCAGGCCCGCACCAGUAUGGGAGGGACCCUUUACAAAAAGUAAGUAAACCGGUUUCAACAACAAAAUAAAUCCACAAGAGCCCCAAUGCCCUUGCUUCUCUUAGGUUCCUCUUUUUUCUCUUUUUAGAAUCAUCCGCCGUUUCAUGAUAAAACACUUUCUUCUUUCCGACGACUCGUCAAUUACGCAACGAGCUCGACAACACCGCCAGCCUCCUUGAUCUUCUUCUCAGCGAGAGAAGAGACCCAGCGGGCGCGGACGACGAGGGGGAUCUCGGGCAGGCGACCCUUGCCGAGAACCUUGGAGUAGCCGAGGGAGAGGAGGUCGAGGACGGGGACGGUGUCCUUCUUGGCACCGGAGACGUAGGCGUCGCGGGUCUCGGUGGGGACGAGAGACCAGAGCUUGUCGAGGUUGAUGACGGGCUUCCAGAAGUGGGCUUGCUGCUUGUGGAAGUAACGCAUACCAACCUUACCGAAGUAACCGGGAUGGUACUGAACGUUAUUGUUAGCAUUUCUUGUCUUGUAGUGUUGUGUUCUGCGGGCUGGCUUGCGGCUAGCCGUAUAUGACCAUUUUCUCUCUAUUGGGGACGAGAAAAAGAGAGCCAACCACGCAGAGCGAGAAUUUCACAAUCGUACCUUAUCCAUGUUGGUACGGUGGUGGUGCUGACCACCGGCCAUACCACGACCACCCGGAUGCUUUCUGUGCUUUCCUACACGACCGUGACCGGCAGAAACAUGGCCGCGGCUUGAAGAUUGUUAGCUUUCGUGGAACAAAGGGUAAACCAGUACAUCGUUUACGGCAUAGACGCAAUGCGAACUUUAAUUUUCAGCGAGGAGAGGCGUUUCUAUCGGUUUCCCUAAAGGCGGUUCCGUGUCCAGGCGUAGUGGUGGCAUGUCGAUGGGAUGUUGAAUUUUCUGCGGUAGGGAAAACGACAGGACUCUCCGUUGCUGGCCAAAAAGAAGGAAUUGCGUCUAUUCGUUUACGAGAGAUGAUAUCGAACGUACUGCUUGCGGGUCUUCGAGAAACGGGUAGGCAUGGCGACGGUAUUUGUGGUUGUCGC